UUUGUUCCUGUGUGGCUGUAACUAAGACACGCAUUUGCUCUAUCUGCCUUCCAAUCUGAACAUUUCUCACGCAAAGGAAGGCAGAAGCCCGAUAAGAGCUGCAGAACGAGCAGAAACUCUCUGUGCUCUGAAAGGAUCCAACACACAGAAACAACAUGGCUGAGAAAACUGUUCUGAUCGUGUACGCCCACCAGAGUCCGGCUUCAUUCAAUGCAGCGGUGCGAGAUAUGACCGUGAAAGAGCUGCAGCAACAGGGCUACAAUGUCAUCGUAUCCGACCUGUACGCCAUGAACUUCAAAGCCAGUGCAACGCAGGAUGACAUCAUCGGUGAGCUGAAAAGGCCAGAGCUUUUCAGGUAUGGAGAGGAGACCAUGCAUGCAUGGAUGGAGGGCCGCCUCAGUGACGACAUUGUAGCGGAGCAGCGCAAAGUUGAGAAAGCUGACCUUAUCGUCUUCCAGUUUCCAAUGUACUGGUUCAGUGUGCCUGCGAUCAUGAAGGGCUGGAUAGACAGAGUGCUGGCAUCAGGAUUCGCUUUUUCCCUGGAAAAGAUGUAUGAUCAAGGCAUCUUCAAGGAUAAGAAAGCAAUGCUGUCCUUCACUACCGGAGCAAUGGAGAGCAUGUUCCGUCCUGAUGGUAUCAAUGGAGACAUCAAUGUCACACUGUGGCCUCUGCAAAAUGGCAUUCUGCACUUCUGUGGAUUCCAGGUCCUUCCUCCUCAAAUAUUCUGGAGUCCAGCUCACUCACCUCCCGUGGUACGAGAAGCAAUGCUCAAAGGAUGGCAAGCCCGGCUUAAAGGGCUGUUCACUGAAAAACCAUUGACAUUUGCCCCAUGUGAGUUUUUUGACUGGAGCUUUGAAGGCAGGUUCUUGCUUCGGUCUGAGACAAGGGAAAAACAAGAGUCACAGCCCUACGGCAUUACCACAGGACACCAUCUCUACAAACCGUUACCGCCUGACAACCAAACUAAAGCUCAGUCUUCAGAAGACACCUCCAAAUCACCAUGCAAGAAAUAAAACCACAGUUUUACAACUGUACCAUGAAUACUUGUUAGAUGUGUUGAAACGUUCAACUUUGUUAAUUUUUACAGAAAUUAAAGCAUACCGUGCAUACAAUGACUUUUUAUGUUUAUUCAUAUCAAAACAAAAAUGAUUUCUGUUCAUAAACUACCAAACUUAAAUAUUCUAAACAUCAAGUGUGAGUAGGUAAACUGCAGUCAUCGGGGUGAGAUGUGGUGUUGUCUCAGACAAGAUAUUAACUUACUAACAAAUGAAGAACUUGACCUCAAAUUCUUCACAGUUAUGAAGUGUUAGUGACAGUAAGGGCCCCUUCACACAUAGUGCGACGUUUGGAUGGCGUUUGGAUGAAAACGGCAAAACGGUUUGAAAUUAGUGCACGAAACAUCAU